UACCAAGGCCAUAAAUGCUAAUAUUUACUCUCCUCUCCAUAGAACAUCCUCCCCAAACUCGGUUAGCCAUCGAACUCAAAUUGUCCUCAUCCAGCGCUCUUACUCGCCCACCUCAUCUGGAACUGCAGAUCGGCCCGCUUUUGGAUAAAUGCAGCGACAUCUCCAUCUACACCCAUCUGUCAUUGGUGAUCACUCCAGCUGCGCCAGCUUCACGAAGUGUAUAUAUAGAGCUGGAACAUCCACGAUGUUCGGUAUCUUGUCCUCACUAAUAAAUACAGCAUUCAGAACCUUCUCUCAUCAUGUUGAUCUCUAGUGUUUCUUUACUUCUCGCCUCCGCAGGGCUAUCCCAAGCCUUGCCCCAUGCCGGAACGAAGAGGGCAGACUCCGAUGGCUUAAACUGGGCACCGUGUAAUCUAGACCUCCCUGAAGGUCUAGAACCUGCAAGCACAGUUCCCGUCGACUGUGCAACCCUGGAAGUCCCUCUGGACUAUACCAACCCUGACUCCAAGCCACUGGAUCUCCAGUUGGUUAAGAUCAGUGCGUCGAAAGAGCCCGUCAAGGGCAGCAUUAUUUUCAACCCGGGGGGGCCGGGAUCCUCUGGCAUCGAUGAGCUCUACCUACAGGGGAAGGGCGAGGUGUAUCGCGACUUGUUCGGCGGACACUGGAAUGUGGUUGGGUUUGACGCCCGGGGUACUGGCCAUACUAUCCCAUUUGUAUGCGAUGUUCCACAUCCUGGCAUCAAGCGCAGCCUGUCUCGUCGGAGCAAUGAGACUCUGCCACAAGCCGACAUGUAUAGUCUCUUAAAGCGCAAAGCGUGGAACGACGCUAAAGUCUUGGUGGACGCCUGCUACGAGGAUCAGCAGGAAACCGGACGCUUCCUGGGCACAACGUUUGUCGCACGAGACAUGCUCAAGAUCGUCGAUGCCCUCAAUGAGGACGGCAAGCUGCGGUUCUGGGGUCGGUCCUACUCCACAAUCCUUGGACAGACCUUUGCGGCGAUGUUCCCCGACCGUAUUGACCGCAUGCUGCUCGACAGUGUUGUCCUAAACGAUGACUACCACGCCGGUCACUGGAUCACUGCCACCAAAGCCGCCGAGGAUGCUCUUUACAACUUCUUCACUGAAUGCAUCAACGCCGGUACAACUGACUGUCCUGUCAUUGCGAACUUUACAGGCCCUGCCACCACCCCAGAUGAUCUCAUGAAGGAAAUGCACAAAGCCUUCCAAGAACUCGUCGACAACCCUGUCACGCUCCCAGAUGAUUAUGAGCCGCUGCCAUGGUGGCAACCCGGUGGGAUGGACCUUCUGACGGAACUCAAGUACACCAUUUUCAGCCUGCUCUACCGACCGGAGCAGUACCCCGCCGUCUACACGUAUAUUCUAACCGCCCUCACCCGCGACUACGGCAUCGUGAUCAACCCCCCGCAGGCCGCCGCCGCCGCUGCCACAAUCCCACCUACAUGGAACCAGGGUGCAAACAACUUCCACGGGAUUGCCUGUGCAGAUUCUCACUUCCGCGCCAAUAAGCCCGAAGACAUGUAUUCGUUGGUUCAAUCGCAGGCUGUUACAGGCUCCUUUGCCGACGCGUUUUCGCCGCAGGUGUGGCCGUGUGCCCAAUGGAAGUUCAAGGCCGCCGAGCAGUUCGAGGGACCGUACCACGGCAUCAACACCAGCUAUCCCAUUCUGUUCAUCAACAGUCCCUAUGACCCGGUCACACCGCUGAGCAAUGCCUUGGAGGCCUCCGCUCGCUACCUAGGGAGUCGUGUUGUUGUCCACGGAGGACAUGGACAUGGAUUCAUGAACCACCCUUCGUCAUGCAGCCAGAACAUUGUUAAGGAAUACUUCGACGAGGGAAAGCUUCCUGAGGUCGGCACCAGGUGCGAACCCGAUAUGACCGGGUUCGAGUACGCAAAGCUACUCCUAGCGGCGGCGAGCGGAAACUCUACUGUCGCCAGACGAGGACUGGGUAGCAAUCAGGUGAAGAGAAGCGGCCAAGGCAUGUUUGGCCAUCAGAUCUAAGCUCGUGAGCGAUUCCACGAUUCCUUGGGUGUAAAUGUGACAACUUGGCGCUGCAUAGCCUUGCUUAAUAGCGGAUAUAGGAGGAGUUGGUACAUUUGACAUUUCAAUGAAUUUUAUUAGACAUGAUAAUACACGAUAGCUAUAG